AUGACUUGGCCACGGAGCACAGCGGACCUGUGUGAGAGCAGUUUGUGUCGGAGAGGCGGAGGGAGCAACACCAGCGCCGUACGUGCAGCCUUUGAGCAUCACAGACAUUCACCGCAACGAUAAAACUGAAAUAACGUGACUAUACUCGAAAGACAUUUUUUAAAGACGUCCUCUCACUGGUUUUACACGCUUUCUUUGUGUACAUUUUUGUACUGGAGGGGAACGGCGAGCAAGGCUUCACUGCGGCUAAUCAAUUUUCCUCUUUCAGACCUGGGAAUUACAAUGAAAAAUGUAGUUGACACAUUUUCUUUCACAAUCCAGGAAUCACAAUAGCGAAGAAAAAAGCAGGGGGAAAAUGGUGACGGGUGCCGCAUCUAAAGGAACAGCAUCCUCUCUGUGGAGCUCCUGCGUAAAAGAAAAAAACAGUGUGGACACUGGUGACGUGGAUGUGAACCUGUGAGAGACGGAAAGACUUUGGAUCUCAUCAGGAGCGCCUCUGCACCACGUGGAGGUUUUCCGGGGGAUUUUCUCGGCUGCUUUCAAAGCCUCACUAAUUAUUCCUGCUCUUUUUCCACUAUUUUUACUUUCUUGUCGUUGUCGGGAUUAGAGGCUUACGGAGCUCUUCCCUUCUCGUCUGCUGCUUUGUUCUAAGCAAGACCAAAACCACGUGCCAAACUGACUGUCAAGAGAAGAAGCAAAAAAAAUGGAUGAAACUAACCAUCACCUAAUCAUCAUAAGGAGAUUUUAUUUAGUCAUUUAGCUUUGAUUUUGUAACUAGCUUUAUUUAUCCCUCCCUCAACCCACCAACACUUUACAACAUCCCAUUAAAAUCAUAGUCAUCAGCACAUUGAAGAGAUAUUUUAACAAACUUUAUAUAUCCAUUGUCUUCGGCCCGUGUUUGCAUAGAUGCUGCUCUUAAUGCUGAAACUGAGACGAUGAUCAGUGCGUUACUGGUUCAAAGUGCUUUAUAAGCAGAUCCUCCAGCUUGUAGUCGAGUGUUGCAGAAGAGGCGCGUGGUAAGCAGCGAUAACUCUGCUCUGACCCCGUCUGAACAUUUUAAUGCUUCGUUCAGGACGGCGUUUGACUGAAAGGCAACACAAGACACGUCUAACCUGAUAAAUAUAGGCUCCACUUCUACCAUCGCUGCUGCUGUAGGCCAUCUCAAAGGCUUGGAGAUAUCCCGUCGUCUCAGCCUGCGCUGUGAAACACCGUUGACACUUUGCCUAUCUCUUUCUUCCAGUCGCUUAUACGAGAGAGGCCUCUCGCUCUUUGUCGUCUUCUGUUUCUUCAACCCUAAACAACCUGAAAGCCCCCCUUUAUCUAUUCCCAGUGACACAACAUGCAAUUUAAAACCUUUCACUGUAUUUACAUUUAGUGUGGAAGUUUGUAAGAACAUAACCUAAAGCCAUACUGAACACCAGCCAUACAAAUACUUUUCUCAUUUACAAAACACCUCACAAUGUUUGUGAUUUCUUCAACAAAGUGAUCUUCAGACACAUCAGUGCACAUUCAGGGAGUCGAUGAAUAAAGUGCUUGUGAGAAGAGCCCUAAAAAACACACAUUUCUACCCAGUGUCUUAACUAGCACUAAAUCUGUGAGCGGGCAGCCUGCGGUGUGGAGUGCGGCAGUGAUCGCGACCGCGUCGAGUCCCCGUCGUCGAGUUCCCGCCGUCGCCCCGUGUUCCACUGUGUUGACGGAUGAAUCCGGACAUUUUCAUGUCUGUUCUGUGGGCAGAACCUCGCUGCCCUGCUAGAACCGGGCCCAAGCCCUCCUUCGUUCUCUUCUGUUGGGCCAAGCUAAAUUCAGAGCAAAGACACUCACACAAGGGUAUCGAACGCACAUAGAUCCUCUUUUUCUUUCUGUCAUUUUCUCACCACUUUCUCGCUGUUGAUCACACUCUUGUGAAUGCCUUGACAUGCUCAUUUAUUAAACUGUCCUCUAGAAACCGCUGGAAGGACUUUUUUUCUUAAAGAUUUGAUGCUGCUUAAUGUUCAUUUAGCAGCUUUAUUAGUCAAACUAACUGUCCACAACUUCUAAAUUCACAAUUCUACUAGAAUUUAACCCCAAAUUCCAAUCAUUUUGACCGUAACUGGUCCUCUUCCUCUAAACCUGUUGAAAGGAAGAGUUUGUUUAUUGGCAAAGUGUGAGCAUAAUGUAAAAAGAAAUAGAAAUUAAUCACAGCUUGUGCCAAAUUCAGACCAACUUCCUCUCAGCUUGUUCACUAAACGAAGCUGAAAUAUAAAGUUUACAUACAACGCUAAAUGUUUACAGACUACAUUUUCCAUACGUGAAUCGUAACUUUCGUGCCAUAAACGUCUCCCCGAAAACUCUUCAGUAGGAGGUAUAUAAGACUCUCUUUUUCGUGUAGGGGUCAUUCUAUUAAGAGUUUACAGUUUUCUUAUUUUGUUUACAGAAAAUGUAAAAUAAUUACUGCCUGUUUUUGAAGAUUUUGAAUUUUGGCCUAGAGACUGUAGAAACUGACAGACCAAAAUUAAAUAUCCGACACCUGCUGCCAUAACGACAAACCACAUUAUUCUAUAUUUAUAAUCGGUUGAAGUUUUCAUUUCGAUUGAUUAUUUCAGAACUACUGCCAUUUCACAGGCAGUUCGUAUAGGGCCUACAAACUCUGAAAGACCUCAAUGUUUACACAAGCUGCUUAAAGGAAGGAUUUGUAUUCAGAGAGAAAUGUUUACAUUAAGCUGAAAGAGUGAAACUCCAAACACAUUCAUGAUACAUCGCUUGAACUAAGUGAAUCUGCUGAACCAUUGCUCCUGUGCAGUGUGUACAGACCAUAAAGGGAUUAGUGCAUCAAACUUUUAAUAUAAAAGCUUUUUAUAAGUCAAGAAGUCGCACUCUGGACUCUCAUUCACGCGAAGAGCUGUUUAUGAGAACAACGGCUCAAGAACUCUGUGAUAAAACAAUGAAACCCACAACUUCAGGAGGGAUGUUCUGCUUGUCCCUCGCGCUCCUGCUCUUCUCCUGCCUCGCUGUCUCCACGGUAACUAUCACCACGGAGCGCCGCGCUGUUGACAGCGAUAUCCGGACUCUGACCGGCGGCAGUAACACCGCUGCGGCUGGUAAAAGGAGCACCACCUUGUUCCUCCUGACCGGCUACAAGCCACCGCUGCCCGCCGGGCCCAAAGUGGCUCCUAAAGCGGCCGAGGUGGAGGACGGAGAUGAUCCACCAGUUGUGGCUGAGCUCCCUCCCAAGCCCCUCCCUCAGACCAUGUUGCCAAGGAACAUGACGGCCGACGCCCUGAAGCCUCCGCUGGGUGCGGCCCAGGUGGCUCCGCCUCCCAGACAGCUGGUGGAUGUGGACGUUUGCAGGGGUUACUUCGACGUGAUGGGGCACUUUGACGCCACGUUCAACUGCUCCAAGGGCAGCUACAUCUACUGCUGCGGUACUUGCCACUACCGGUUCUGCUGCGAGCACCAGAGGAGCCGGCUGGACCAGCAAUCCUGCAACAACUACAACUCCCCCGUCUGGGCCGACCCACAGGUCACCGUCACCGUGAACACGGACAACAAGCCCGACCCGGACUUUGAGACACUCCAGCAGCAGAACAGCAGUACGGCGUAUGUGAUCGGAGGUGUGAUCUCCUUCACGCUGGUGGUGGCCGUGGGCGUCAGGAUCGCCUUCAGCAAGGUGGCGCGGCGACCCCGCAAUAGGGACAUCAACAUGCCCAGAUCACUGGUGGAUAUCUUGCGUCACCAGUCGAGCCCGGUGCAGCAGGGAGAGAGGAACAACAUCACAGGGUUGACCACCACCACCUCAGACGGACGAAUGUCCAAAAACCUCUACACCCCCAUCCUGCAGAGCAAAGACAACCGCACUGGGAACUUGCAUCACCAUUUUAACCAGCAGGGGUCUGCCUCCAGCCCCAAACACUCUGCCACCAUCGAGCGUGGAGCCCGUAUGAACAACAUCUCCCAGCUCUCCUCUGGACCCAACCUGCUUUCGGGUAGCGGUAAAGGUCCCGGUGGCGGCAGCAUCAUCGGAGGGGGCAUGAGACACAACAACAGCCACCCGUCCUUCUCCCACUCCUUCCACAACCUCGCCCAGCUGCCGCCGUCCUAUGAAGCGGCCAUAAAACCUGAGAUCAACCGCUACAGCUCCCUGAAGAGGCUGGAGAAAGAACUUGACGAGUACUCCAGCUACUACAACUCCAAACGUCGCUCCAACAACGCGCCGCCCUCCUUCUACUCCUCGCAGCACUACCUGCCCUUCGGAGGUGAAUACACGCUGGGAUCCAGGGGUACGCUGCCACUCCACGGCUCCCGGCCCCGCCUCCACAUGCCCGCUUCCACCCCAAACCCCUACCCGCUGCCCGCCCAGACGCAGUACACCAGCUCCCCCUUCGACAGGCCGCCACGCCGCGUCCGCUCCCAAGACCAGCUGCUCGCGUUCGGGGAGGGCAACACGCUGUCCCGCCUGUCCAAGAACCAGCAACACCAGUACUACAAAGCCAUGAUGAGCACCAGCAGGGGCUCCAACUCGCAGACGCUCCGCAGGUCCCACGAGAGGCUUCUGGUGUCACCUGACCGUCUGGAGGACCGGCUGAUGAUGGGCCUAAUAGUCGGGGGAGGAGUUGACAGAGGGGGAGGAAGCGGGAUGGUGCCCACCAUGGGCCGGCUCAGCCACCAUCAGAAGGCCCAGUCGCAGCAGAACAUCUGUGUCACGCCGUCCAUGGACCGCCACCACAUGAUCAAGAUGAACUCCCACCCGACGCCGGGCCACGACCACGACCGUGGCUCUUCCGCCAUGCCCGGGAUGGGCAUGUACGGCGGCUGGGACCCCCACGGCGGAGGCGGUGUAAGCCACCCCAACACGCGACGUAUGGCUUUCGCCAGCAAGAGGCAGAACACCAUCGAGCAGCUGCACUUCAUCCCCGGAGGCGGAGGAGUGCAGGGACUGCGGACUGGGAGUAAGAACGAGGUGACAGUGUGAGAGGACGAGGGAGGAAAAGAGAGAGUGAGAGUAGAGAGAUGAAGGCUGAAGCUGAAAAGAAGCUGAAGAGGCUUUUAGUGGAGAGAUGAGCAGGAAAAGAUAAAUGAGGAAGAGGUUGGAUCUUAGCUGGCUGCCUCACAGGGCUGCACAGCCAAACCCCCUACCCCUUCAUAAAACAAAAAGUGGCGGAUGACAACAUUAAUCUCAUAGUGAGUAUAGCCAAUUGAUUUUCUCCUCGUCACUUUGUGUUGAAAAAGAGAAUAUUCAGCCAUUCUUUUGAAAAGGGAAGACAGAAAUGUCCACUUAAAAAGAGCAAAAAAGAUCAUACAAAUGCAGUUUAAAGGCUGCUGGGUAUUCGCUGUGACUUUUAUUGAAGGAUACCAGCUGAGUCAAAUUUGUUGAAUUGUCCUUGAGUUUUAUUGCACUGUCCUCUGAGUCCUCGAGAGCUCCGACAGAUUCAUCUGUCUUUGAAUCCACUGUGGAUGAGAGAGAGCGCUGAGCCAGAGACAGACGGCUUUGCUUGUCUUUGUAUUUAUGAAAAAGUAUUUAAAACCAAACAAGUUGCUUUUGUAUGAAAUUAACCUGAUAAUAAUUAUAUUAAUGACCUUACUGAGCCCUGUAAGACUAUGUAUACUUGGUUUAAAACAUAUUUAUCCUUUAGCCAGCCAGUUUGUAACUUACAGGCUGAACCUUCUUUCUCUAGUUGUGAUUGGACUAUCAUCAAAGUAAAACAUUCUCUGCAAAAAUAAUCAAAAGUACGGUACAGUUAGCUGUCACUUGACUCAAAUAUAAACCAUUUUAGAUUUAAAAAACCAACAUACACCUACAUCGACACAAGCUGCUGUAGAGGCCCGGUCACACCAGCAGUUCAACAGUAACAUUUGUGGCAAAAUCAGUGCAUUAAAAUGACUUUGCUGCACUUAAGUGAAUGAAUUGAUGCCGAGCUAACAAGCAAAAAUCCCCCCCCCCCUUUAAUAAAACAAACUUCAUUGACUGAAAUGGCCCAGUUCAGAGAUAAUGGAAAGAAGCUCUAGCCCUGACAUUAGCUCGUUUGCUACAGUAGUACUAUGUCACCACAUAUUUUUCAAAAGCGUGCAGAUUAAUAUUGCUGCUGUGCCUCUUUCUGUGAGUGACCGGGCCUUGAAGGUAAAAUCCACUCUGCAGUAUGGUUUUAGCUUAACUUGUACAGUGAACUCUAGUGGGUGUAUAUCAUCUAUGAAACAUUGUUCUGUGACCCUUUGCGUAAUAAUUAACAGUUUAAAAAAAGGUUUGGGAAUCAGACCGCUCAUAAAGAAGAACUAACCUCAUGCAGACUCUGAGUGACCAAACAUCCCUCUAACACUGUUUAAAACUUUCCAUUGUGAGUUCGUAGAGAAUUGAGGGUUUCUUUGUGCCACAGACUGGCAUUCAACAAACCCUCCUAUGCUUCUACGAUUUCCAAAUGUUACCUGCCAGUUGAGCUGCUCACCUCGUAUGAAGGGAAGGGGGGGGGGGGGCCCGAAGGGUUUCGAGGCGGAGGGGGACAAUGGACACUUCACACCAAGGGCUAUACCGAAUUAUCUUUGUGUGUCUGUGCUCUGUACAGUGUCUGCUUCUCAUUUUCAUUUCCUCUGCGUGUCAGUGUCGGCAGGCAUGCUUGUGCACAUGUGUUUUUUUUCAUUCUUGUGUAGAGAGAAAAUAUAUAAACAUGCAAGGAAAUUCUGCAAAGCAAAGGAACCUUUGUGCAACAUGUAAAAAAUACAUGACCAUGAUUACUUUUUUUUGUCACGGGAGGACAGGUUGUCCAUGAUGAUGUCAUAUUUUGUACUUUUUUGUUUUUCUGGCUGUGAGAUGGACCUUCUUGCCUUUCAGGCUGGAUCUCCCCUUUAUGGGGUUUAAGGGACUCAUGAGGCCUUGUAUGAGGUUUUCAGCUUCGCCCCGAUAAAGACAGACAUGAUUGAUUACUGAGUGACGCUUCCUGCCAGCCAUUUUUAGUCUUUUCCUACGAUACAUGUGCUUAUGUUAAUAGAAUUGAUCAUACGUGAUUCCCCUUGAUCAGACAAUGAACGCUCUUAUCAUGAUUUUUUUUUUUUGUUCUUUUACCUAAACAUGUAUUUAUUUUUUUAAUCUCUGUGAAUUUUAAUGUAUAAUCCUGGAUUUUCAAUAUUCAAACUUUCUAGUGGAAUUAAAAAAAACGAAAAAAAAAACAUUUGUAUUCUCAAGAACAAAAAGAGCUGAUGCAAUCAAAGAGAAAAGACGAGCCGCAUGACCACGUCAGAAGCCAGUGUUGAUGAUGUCAUAGGGCUGACUUGUGAUGUCACGGCGUGUAUGUGUGUAAAUGUACAUGCGUCUGUUUUAAUUUGUGUGCCAGUGUGUAAUUCUCUCAGUGUCUUCUUCUUCUUAGGAAUGCAGAACCUCAUUUUUGACCAAACUUUCAGGUCGUGUCUUCAGCCCAUGAAGACAAUUUAAAGACCCGAGUCGCAGCCAUUUACGUGUUCAUAUCAACUUGUGAUGAAAUUUAAAAAGGCCUGUCAUCGUCUAAUUAAAAGAAGAAAACUUUUAUUGUCGAGCUACGUUCACCAAAGCGAGGACUUUUUUUCAAACAUUUGAAAAUGUAAAUUAUUGAAGGCCUAUAAUGUGUCAAGUUUUUGCUAUUUGAUCAGAAGUGAAACAGCUGAGUGGGUUAUUAAGGACGUCACAAAUCACUCAUGAGUUUGUGUCGCUGCUAAAUAUGUAUCUGCUAAAAAGCGAUUUGUUCUUCCAUGAACAAGCUGCUCAUUUGUGCUCAUUUUAACAGAACUUUCAGGGCACAAGGUAGACUUACAGUAUUAACAGCGUCGGAGUUGCAGUUGUUGCUGAAGUUGGUCGUGGAGGAGAAUGUAUUGUCUUUGGCUGACAGGACUGGAAAGGCUCUGUGGUUUUUUACAAUGAAAACAUCUUGUUCACUUUUAAAAGAGAAAGAGGCAGAAAGGGGGGAAAUGUAAAUGACACGUGGAAAUUCAGUUGUAUUUUUUAAUGUUUCAUCUCUCCUCAUACCUUCUGAUACACAUGUUGUAAUCCAUGUUCAGUUAACUGCUGUGUGUGUGUGUGUGUGUGUGUGUGUGAGUGUGAGAAGCUACUCUGCAUACCUCAAAUUGUAUGAUACAUUUAUUUAUUACAUCCCCUUACAUGUCUAUUUCCAAGAAUAUCCAAACAAAGGUCUCACAGAUGUGCAACCCUGUUGUUAACGGUGAUCAUGUCUUGAGUUUGUAGGAACCAUACUGUUUAAUUGAUAAUAACAAUAAAAUAAAAAUCCCACUA